CCUAAUCCGGAAGUGCUUCCCGCUUGUUGCGCUGAGAUGUUAGCUCCUCUGGAUAUUCGGAGGUUUUUCCUUUAAAGUUCAAGGAAAACCAAACAUUUUUCCUGGGGUUUGCGUCUUUGGAAGCAUUUUGACGACUUGAAUAUUUCGUCUGCGGGUUUCACGGCGCGAUGAGCAACAGCCACCACAUGCGGCCGCCGGCCUCUGUGUCGGAGAUCGACCACGUCCACCUGCUAUCGGAGCAGCUGGGCGCGCUGGCCCUGGGCGAGGAGUACAGCGACGUCACCUUCGUGGUGGAGGGCAAGCGCUUCCCCGCGCACCGCGUCAUCCUGGCCGCUCGCUGCCACUACUUCAGGGCGUUGCUGUACGGCGGCAUGAAGGAGUCCCAGCCGCAGGCGGAGGUGAGCCUGGAGGAGACGCGGGCGGAGGCCUUCUCCAUGCUGCUGCGCUACCUAUACACGGGGCGCGCCAGCCUGAGCUCGGCCCGCGAGGAGGUGCUGCUGGACUUCCUGGGCCUGGCCCACCGCUACGGGCUGCAGCCGCUGGAGGACUCCACCUCCGACUUCCUGCGCACCGUGCUGCGCACCGACAACGUCUGCCUGGUCUUCGACGUGGCCAGCCUCUAUUCGCUGGCUGCGCUGGGCGCCGCCUGCUGCUGCUACAUGGACAAACACGCGCCCGACGUCUUGGCCUCCGACGGCUUCCUGACUCUCUCCAAGACGGCGCUGCUGACGGUGGUGCGUCGCGACUCUUUCGCCGCCAGCGAGCGCGAGAUCUUCCAGGCGCUGUGCCGCUGGUGCCGGCGGCGCGGCGGCGGCGUCGACGAAGAGGAGACGCGGGAGGUGAUGGCGGCCGUGCGCUUGCCGCUCAUGACGCUGACGGAGAUGCUGAACGUGGUGCGGCCGUCGGGCCUCCUCAGCCCCGACCACCUGCUGGACGCCAUCAAGUUGCGCUCGGAGAGCCGCAACAUGGACCUCAACUUCCGCGGCAUGCUGGUCCCGGAGGAGAACAUCGCCACCAUGAAGCACGGCGCCCAGGUGGUGAAGGGCGAGCUCAAGUCGGCGCUGCUGGACGGCGACACGCAGAACUACGACCUGGACCACGGCUUCUCCCGACACCCCAUCGAGGAGGACGGGAGGGCCGGCAUCCAGGUCAAGCUGGGACAGCCGGCCAUCAUCAACCACGUGCGCCUGCUGCUCUGGGACAGGGACAGCCGCUCGUACUCCUACUACAUUGAAGUUUCCAUGGAUGACCUGGACUGGGUGCGCGUGGUGGACCACUCCAAGUAUCUCUGUCGGUCCUGGCAGAACCUCUACUUUGAGCCCAGAGUGUGCAGGUACGUCCGCAUCGUGGGAACGCACAACACGGUCAACAAAGUCUUCCACCUGGUGGCCUUCGAGUGCAUGUUCACCAACCGGGCCUUUACGCUGGAGCAAGGACUCUUGGUGCCGUCGGACAACGUGGCCACGGUGGCGGCCUGCGCCAGCGUCAUCGAGGGCGUGAGUCGCAGCCGCAACGCCUUGCUCAACGGCGACACGCGCAACUACGACUGGGACUCGGGCUACACCUGCCACCAGCUGGGCUCGGGGGCUAUCGUCAUACAGCUGGCUCAGCCCUACUGCGUCGGCUCCUUAAGGCUUCUUCUGUGGGACUGCGACGAGCGCUCGUACAGUUACUACGUGGAGGUGUCCACCAACCAGCAGCAGUGGACCAAGGUGGCGGAUCGCACCCGGGUCACGUGCCGGUCCUGGCAAACGCUGAAGUUCGACAAGCAGCCGGCGUCCUUCAUCCGCAUCGUGGGCACUCACAACACUGCGAACGAGGUCUUCCACUGCGUCCACUUCGAGUGUCCCGCCCAGUCGGACUCGGACGUCGGGGAAAACGGGCCGGACGCCUCGGAUUCGGCCGCUCCGUCCUCGCAGCCGCCGCGACCUCAGCGACCGGCGCGUGGGCACGGCCUGCUGCCCUCCAACCCGUCUUCUUCGCAGGGCAACCAUCGUUAAAGGAAGGACCGCCCCCUUUUUUUUUGCACAGCCGUCCGGUCUUCCCGAGUCGUUUGAUACGUUUUUGUAGACGCCGCUUCUUAUCAAAUGGGAUCUAUUUUGAAGAGAGGGCGGCUAUUUUUGGAACACCUUUUGGAUCCCAGCCGAAAAACUUUUGACGGCGGCGGCACUUGAGACGGAAAACGAGCGGCUGCUCCCUGGCACUUUAUUGAACUCUGAUCGCUCGCGUCUUUUGACUGACAAAGCUCCAGAAAUGUUCAACGCCUUGAGUCGUGUUGCGCCGAUACUUGUAUCGGUUCCGAUAGGGCGCUAAAAUGGGUGUCCGGAGUACUAAGAAGUGACGCGUAAUAUGUAUUUUUCCAGAUGUAGUUUCCCAUCGUUGGUUCACCUACCCAAGAUGGCCGCCAGCUGCGUACGUCAGUGUAAAAAGGCGCUUUCUAAGAUAAUAAACAUCCAAUCCUGUGCUGUAAAUUGAAAUGAGUUUAUCACUAGUGGACAACCAAUCUAUUUGAAGUCGGAGGGUUUAUUCGCCACUACUCCCACUUCAAAUGGAUUGGACGUCUGGCGCCGUCAAUGGCAAACAAUGGAGCAGAUAUUUUGAUUUUGAUUAAAUAGUUCAAAAAUCGGUUUAAGCUAGUUAUGACCUAAUUUAAAUAUCAAUUAAACUUUGAUGGGAACGUUGCCCCUACCAACGAUGAAAGGUCUUUUCACGCUUCUGCCGUCAAUUGAAAUGAGUUUGUCGUUCAUUCCUUGCCGACCCUCCUUCUUCAAAUAGAUUGGACGCCCGCAAUGAGUUAAGCAUUGUCUGAAUAAGCCACGAUAGCAAUGACUUUACUGUCGAGUGAGUACGUAGGCAUUUGGUAUAAAAAAAAGUGUUUAUUUUUAUUUACAAAAUAACCGUACAAUAUCAGAAUCUGGAACCACGAAACCGUAUGGGUGCAACACGAGUUCAAUGUUGAACCUUUAUUGCACUUUGGAGUCCCCCCGAUUAUGUUCAUCUUAACCACCCUGGAGAAGCGAGGCCUUUGUCGAACUCGUUGGCUGCCGUUGACGGCCACGGACGUCCAAUCCAUUUGAACAGAGGAGGCUGAAUUGGACACCCGUGCUUAAGUUGGAAGGAAAUGUGUUUGUCUAAUGUUUGCUUUCAACUGUUUUGUGUCAAAUAACAUUUAUUCCCACAAAAAAAAUCUCUUUUUAAUUUGUUUUUUGAAAAAAUGGUAAAUAUAUUGUCUUAUUUAAAACAAAAGGAAAUACAGUGAUCCUUCGCUACUUUGCACUGCUACUUUGCGCUUCAAACUUCGCACCCUCAGUCCGUCUCGGAUUUUUUUCAAUUAAUAAAUAAAUAUAUGCAGUAUUUUGGAGCUGUCCUGAUCCGAUCACGUAGUCUCUCACUCCUGCCGCUUUUCUUGGUCAGGCAGUGCACUGGAGUUGCUUAAAAGUUAACGAUGAUUGACACUGAAGGAAUGCCCUUUUAGCCAGAUUGCCGCAAUCAAGCCAGCCGAACCGGCGGACCCGCGCGGAUGCCGGUCCAACAAUCCGGCCAAAAGGCCAAACUUGGCGCGUUCACCUUAGUCAACCCCUUGUGCUGACUCAAUUUUCAAAGCUGGAAAAGUGCUUGGAAACACAAGUUGACAAUUUAUUCUGAGUCGACAGCAAUCAUACAGCACAUCGGGACCCAGGCGAGGAUCCAAGAUCACCAUAUCACAAAUUAGCAAAAGCUUCCGGAGAAAAAAUAACAACGAUUAGUUAAACAUUCAGUCUUUUGAAAGCUCUCGCGGAGCGGGCUUGCAAGAGAAGGGUGUGCUUGGGCGUUGUUGAGGGUUAUUGUCUGUGGAUUGGACAGGAGGAUUCGGGAGUUACUGUUGUCAGGGCAACGAGGGAUUUUGCCACCUCAGCAUCAAAGGGACUCUUGGAGUCUUAUCAGUCACGUGAUCAGUUGGAUAUCAGGUGUUCUCCGGUGUUACUUUAGUUGGGACAGGACACCCCGACAUUUGUACUGGACUGUCCGGAAGAACUGACGUGGAGACGUGGGCUUGUAGAUGUCCAUCACCUGGUAGUCUGCGUCAAUGUUGCUUAAUCGGCUGCAUGACGCACAUGUUGGGCUUCCGUGAUAAGAAGGAGCCAUGUAUCUCUUAUGCCCUAUAUUCUGCUUGUUUUCCUUUAUGGUAUAAGUGCUAUUUAUUUGAUAUUGGGUGUGUUGGACUAAUACAAACAGUAAAUACGAGAAAAGAUACUAUUCCCUUCAACAGACGUUAAGGUUUGAUCUUGCCAGAGACUCUUGGAUGCCGAAGCGCCGCAUGCGUCAAUCAUCGUUUAACUUGUUAAACAGUUGCUGUGGCAACUCAUUGUGUGUAAGUGAGUAUCUUGAGUGGACUCAAUGAAGCAUUCAAUAAAGACAAGCAUUUUCUACUUUAUUCUUGUUUAAAAAUAAUUUGGCGGGACAGUAACAUCUUUAAAACUUAAAAUAAUUUGAAGUGCUUAAAAACAUUAAAAUGUAUAUACUUUGGGGGCGGGGCGAAAAAACGUGUUUUAUAUAUAUAUAUAUAAAUAUAUCUUUCCAAUGCUAAAUCUGAAUAAAUACACCCAACACACAAAAAAAAGGGGGGGUAAGCGGGCACUACUUGGCGGUUUUUCACUUAUCGCGGCAGGUUCUGGUCCCCAUUAACCGCGAAAAAACGAGGGAUCACUGUACUGUUUUCUGGCGUCCUCGAUCUCCGAGGACUACAUAAAUCUUGUAUGAUUUUACUCAUCGGCUGGCAAAGACGUCAAAUCCAUUUGAAUUGGGCGUCCUUCCACAUCAUAUGGAUUGAACGUCCCCUAGUGAUCAACUCAUUAAAGUUCACAGCAGAAUUAUUUGACGUUCAUCACCGUCAGUGGCA